AUGCUCAAGAGCGCCUUUGGUGCUACUUUGAUGCUCGCCUCUGCUUCUCUUUCACAAGCCUUCAAUGCUAAUGGCAUCAAUUAUGUCAAUUAUUGGGGUCAAAAUUCUUACGGUGCCGCCGGAGGUCCGCAGGCAAACUGGCAAAAGAAUUUGGCUACAUACUGUGAAGACUCCGUUGAAGACAUCCUUGUUUUGUCCUUCUUGACAACCUUCUUUGGAGCGGGAAAUAAGCCCGUGGUCGACUUCAGUAAUGCUAGCAAUAAUUGCACUACUUUUGAUGGCACUACCCUUCUGAACUGUCCACAGAUCGGUCAAGAUAUUAAGACUUGCCAAGCAAAGGGUAAAAAGAUUAUUCUGGCCCUUGGUGGAGCAGCUGGUUCGUAUGGAUUUACGUCAGAUUCACAAGCAUCCGGGUUUGCCGAUACGCUUUGGGAUAUUUUCGGUGGAGGUAGUAGCACGACUCGUCCAUUCGGUGAUGCUGUUAUCGAUGGCUUCGAUUUAGAUAUUGAAGGUGGUUCUGCAAGUGGUUAUACUACCAUGAUCAACCAACUGCGCACCCAUUUCGGUAAUUACUAUAUCACCGGAGCUCCACAAUGCCCUUUCCCUGAUGCUUACCUCGGCGACGCCUUGAGCAACGCUUGGUUCGACUUCGUUUGGGUUCAAUUCUAUAACAAUUACUGUUCUGUCCAAGGUGGUAAUUUCAACUUUGGUACUUGGGAUAACUGGGCGAAGACCCAGUCCAAGAACCCCAACGUCAAAAUUUACCUCGGUGUUCCUGGCUCCACUUCAGCUGCCUCAUCUGGUUAUGUUCCCUAUAACACUCUAACUGGUACCAUUGACAGUCUAAAGUCUCAAUAUUCAUCCUUUGGUGGUGUUAUGAUGUGGGAUGCCAGUCAGGCCUAUGGUAAUACGGAAGUCAGCCCUAAUUUCGCGACCGCUGUUUCAAGCUACUUGCACGGUAGUCAAGCUCCUAAAGCAAACGACAAUGCCAAGACAACAAGUACUCCUUCUUCCACUGGCAAGUCUGCAAGCUCUUCUACCUCAGUCAAGUUCACUAGCACUUCUUCUUCAAGCAUUGCCUCUCCUAGCUCCAAGUCUUGUCCAGUUUCCGGCGGCUCCUGCACCGACGGCGCUAUCUCUUGUGCUGGAAAUUCAGUGGCUAUUUGUGACCACGGAAAAUGGGUACUUCAAACUUGCCCUAACAGUUUGGUUUGUGCUUCUAGUACCGACGGCUCCGCUACCCAGUCGCCCAAUGCUCAAGUUUCUUACUUCAUUAAUAAUGUUAAAAAUAACCAAUUCCAAGCUUCUUUCAACAUCCGUGCCUCAGGAACCAGUCCCAUCAGCAAUUCAUGGACUCUUACCUUCAACGCUCCUCAAGGUCAAACAGUGCAAAAAUCAUCUCUAGGUACCGUCAGUCAAUCUGGAAGCACUGUGACCAUCAAGGCAAACCGCAAGAAAGUUCCCACCAAUAGUGAGGCUGUCCUUGUCGAUAUUGUCGGUUCCCAUAAUAGUACCAUGUUUGAAGGUGUUGAUCCCAAAUCCAUCAAGUUUACCUGGUAA